AUGAGAGUCCUGGCCUCUCUUGCAAGCUGGACUUGUGCCACCCUCUGCCUGGCUUCCACCUUGUCCGCCUUUUCCCAUGGUGCCGGCACUGGGGCCUGUGAAGACAUGCAUCCCAGACAUAUUGGAGCACCGCCUCAGCGUUCCAGAAGCCCGCACAUCACCAUCCAUACUGGCAGGUCUUCCUACUCUCCAGGAGAUGAGGUUUCAGUGACCGUGAGAAGCAGUCGUGAUUUCAUGGGCUUUCUGCUGCAAGCCCGAAAAGUGUCUGAUCAUCAAGUGGCUGGCACAUUCGUCUUCAUCCCUCCUCGUUCUAAACAGAUGACUUGUUCUGCAGCAGCCGACGCAGUCACCCACUCCGACAAGUCCCCAAAGAGAAACCUCUCGUUUGUGUGGAAGGCUCCUUCCCAGCCCGUGGGGGACAUCAGAUUCCUUUUAUCAGUGGUCCAGUCCUAUUUCAUUUACUGGGCAAGGAUUGAGUCAUCUAUUGUGUCUCAACAUACACAGAGCAGAGGUGAUUCAAGCGACCACAUGGAGCCCAGAUUUUUGAUGCCCACCCCUCGGCAGAGACCAGAUGAUACAGAAGCAAUUGCCUCAGCUCCCAGUGCCCCCACGACCCUUCCUCAGCAGCGCGCAGAUGUCUUAGCUGUUAUCUUUACUGGAACUGUGGAAGAAGAUAGCCUAUAUCCUGUUCAUACCAGCACUUGGAUGACUGAGUUUCCUGGGGAGGCAGAUACUCUGUCCCAACCAUCUCCAUACACGGUGACUGCAGGCAGUGAUGGGCAGCAACAUCUCAGAGACAGCAUCCCACUCCCAGAACCAUCCCUGGAUGUCCGUGAGCUGGAGCAGCAUAUGACCCCCAGGAGAUUCUCUCCAGAGGAUUUUGCUUCCAGCUUGAGCACCCACCAUGGGGCUGAGAAUGAUCCAAGCUUUGAUUCCUUGGGCACUUGCCUUUCCUCAGAUAUGGAUACACAGGACAAGACAGAGGAUUCUAAUAGAACUGGGACAAGGCUGCCUCUGGCCAGUGUCACGCUCACCUAUCCUCAGUACCUCUGGCCUUCUGAAACCUUCACUGGGAAUGAAGCUACCAUCAAGCCAACCCCUGUCUUCCGUACCUCCUGCACUGCCAAGGCACCCAUGCCUUCUGCCAGCUUCUUACCUCAGUUGAAGCUUGAGGAGCCCAGAGUCAAAGAGAACAAGGGAAAGGUUGGCAUGGGAACCCCUAGGAAGACCAACCUCAGACCAGAGGUUGGGAUAGAAGGAGGCAGUGCUCCUUUGGGGAUCCAGCUCAGAACUUCCCAGCUGGGAAUCUUGCUCUGCCUGUCAGCUACCCUGGGAAUGGUCCUGGCUGCGGGAAUUUGCUAUCUGCACACCCAGUGUUACCGCAAGCGGACUCAAGUGUCUCUGAGGGAACCUGCUGCAGAAGCUGUUGUAGGGAGUGAUGGUGGUGAGCCGGUGCAUGUCAGGAAGACUGGGGAGAACAGUUUUGUUCUGGCUCAAGCAGACUACAAGUAG